AUGUUCACAGGGCUGACCGUCUCAGCACGCCACUACUCCUACGAAUGCAAGGUCCAACUUCAGGAACGGCCCUACAACCCCAGGCCGUCACGUACCCAGCAGCUGCUCAACCCCAAGCUUGUUCCCAAGCUCACCAACGACACGCCCGAUGAUGCUACACGAAAGAAGGGUGUUGCGGACGAGGAAUUGGCAAAGAAGGAGGCCGAAAGAACUCGCAAGCGAGAGCUAGACGACGAUGAUGGACCUGGUGGAGGCGAGCCCGGGUCCAAACGCCAACGCUCCAGCUCUGUGGAUUCAGUCUCAUCCAUCUCUACCAGGUCUUCUAAGUCACCGCCCCCGCGAAGGCGAGCAUCGCCGUCCUCUCGCCGGGGCCAGGAGUUUUCGCCGCCCUCACGGCGGACAAGGCGAAGCAGGUCCUUCGAUUCUGUCAGUGACGUCAGUCGUAGACGCUCCCACACUCCAAAUGCAGAAUACCGUCAACAUGCUGGUCGACACUACGAGUCCCCUGAGCCUCUUGAUCACCCUGGUACGCGCCGAGGUCCUCAUGACGACUCUUUUGAAAGAGUCACACGGCCAUCUAUGCAUCAGAACCGUCGCCCUUCUGUUUCCGACGAUGAGAGACCAGCGCCGAGACGACAGCAGAGGUACGACUCGCGGUCACCAGGGCGAUCGGACCCUCAAGAUCGGCGCCGUUCGGAGGAAGGUCGCUACAGGGGGUACAGGGACAGAGACGAGGGCCAUGAUAGACACAGAGGACCUCCCCCGGCACCUGAGCCCCCGCGAGAGCGCAGUUUGAGCCCCUUUAGCAAGCGAUUAGCAUUGACCCAGGCCAUGAAUAGGUAG